GAAGAAGAGGCUCCAACCUCAAAAACAUCUGUUGCUGAAGAGUACACGUCCAAAGACACAUCUGCUGUGUGUCGUGCAGUGCCCUGUAUUAGAGACUCAGCAUGCUGCUCACCGCCUUCACUCAGCCCGUGACUAAGUGCCUGAUUGGUUCGCACUUGGGGACGGUUGCAUUCCUGCUGCUGCUCAUUCUGUCCACCUCUGAGACCUCUGCACAUGGCACCACAGUCGAGCAUGACCUCCACAUCGUCCACAAUGUCGAUAACAGAAGUCCAGAGAUCGAUCCAUUCUGGUAUGUGGGACGAGGUGUGAGACCCAUCGGACGUUUUGGGAAGAGACAAAGUGGUGGUGGUCUGCAGCCGGUGGUCAAAUCACUGGAGCUCCUAUUGAACACACUCAGGAAUAAGGAGAGCUUGCAGAGCGCGCUGGCACAGGAGGAGUCAGACUGGUUACCAUGACACUACUGAUUACAGCCACCUGCUUUCUGUGUAUAUUUUUUUCAAUAUACUAAUAUUUCAAUGUAUUAGUGUGUAUAAUUAAUCACAGUUUUCUCAUUUUGUCCCUGGCUAUGUGCAUCCCCAUAUAGAAAGAUUAUACAUGGAAAAUAUGCAAAUGACAUAUAUGAGAUACAACUUCCAUAUUUGUAUUUGGUAAAAUAUAUGUAAAAUUGCUCAAAAUAUUAUAUAUAUAUGUAUAUAAAUGGGUGCUUACAUAUGUAUUUUUUCAACCAUUGGAAUGAUAGAUAAACAGUUGAAAUCAGAAUUACUAGCCCCCCUUUACAUUUUUUUUCUUUUUAAGAUAUUAUGAUGUUUAACAGAGCAAGGAAAUUUUCACAGUAUGUCUGAUAUUUUUUUCUUCUGGAGAAAGUCUUAGUUGUUUUAUUUUGGCUAUAAUAAAAGCAGUUUUUAAUAAAAAAAAAACACUUUAUGGUCAAAAUUAUUAG